AUGGCGGCGCCUGCACCCGCACCUGCACCACCGGCAUCUCGCAAGCGCGCCGCGGCGCCGGACCACGAACCGACCGCCAGCCGAUCCAGUACUCCCGCCGCGGCGGCCGGCGCCAAGAGGCCGCGGAGGUACGCGCUGGCGAGCGUCGACGACUACGAGCAGCUCGACGUCGUCAGCGAGGGCGCCUCCGGCGUCGUCAUCAUGGCGCGCCACCGCCGCACCGGCAACAAGGCCGCCUGCCAGCACGCGUGCACCGGCCACCCCAACAUCGUCCAGAUCAAGGACGUCGUCGCCGACGCCAAGUCCGGGGACGUCUUCCUCGUCAUGGAGUUCGUCGGAGGCAGCCUCCGGGACGAGCUACCGAGGGCCCGGCCGGAGAAGCAAGUCCGCUUCAUGAUGCGGCAGCUCGUCGGCGCCGCCAAGAAGAUGCACGCCUCGCACGUCAUCCACCGGGACAUCAAGCCGGAGAACAUCCUCAACAGCUUUGGCGACCUCAAGGUUUGCGACUUCGGCUCGGCGACGUUCGUCAACCCCACCGGGAAGCCAUACGAGGAGUGUUUGGUCGGCACCUUGCCCUACACCUCGCCGGAGCAACUCGCCGGCAACCAUUGCUACGGCCCGGGCGUCGACAUGUGGCCGCUUGGCUGCAUCAUGGGCGAGCUGCUCACCGGCGCGCCGCUGUUCGGAGGCGACAUGACGGAGAAGGAGCUGCUCGCCGACCUGUCCGCCAACCUGGACGACCAGCUCAACGAGCUCUUCUAUGAUGUCCUGCCGGAGCUCUCGCCGGCGGCGCGCGAGGUCCUGUUCGGGCUGCUGGCGUUCGACCCAGAGAAGAGGAUGACGGCGGCGGAGGCGCUGGAGCACCGGUGGUUCGCCGAGGAGCCCAAGAAAGCAAACUUCGCCGGCUUCGCGCCUCUGUUUGGUUAG